AUGGCUAUACCAUCCCCCAUCGAGGGAUCUUGUAUUCCUACGUUCAUAAACCAAUAUAAGCAAGAGAAGUACGCAGCUCUGGCUAAAAGAGUUGCAGAUCUAUGCAACAAGGUUAUUUCGGAGAACGGCAUAAGCCUUCAAACUGAAAGCCGAGGGAAAGAACCUGAAAGCCUACAAAAAAAACUCGAGGAGCGCGAGCGCGAGAGCGGUCCUUACAAAGAUUCGAAAGAUAUUUAUGACAAGAUCAUCGAUCUUGCCGGAGCUCGAAUUAUCCUCAACAGACCGGAAGACCGCCAUACCAUCAAGGGCAUACUGUACGAUAUUUUCGAAGUUUCCAGAGAGAAACUUAUGGACCAAGAAAGUGGGUACAAAGCGGUGCAUUAUGUUGUGUACUUGAAGAAAGGCCGGUACUCAUCUUAUCUUCAAAAGACGGAAGCUAGAACACCGGUUGAAAUCCAAGUUCAAUCUCAUGGCAUAUGGCAAUGGAGCAAGCUAGAGCACGACUCUAUCUACAAGAUGAAGAGAGAUCCGAGUCCAGUGAUGAGAGACAAUCUCGGUUUUUCUAUUCGAGCUAUCACUCUGGCCGAGGACUUUGCUCAACAUACCAGGGAAAUGAAGGCCAAGAAAGAUGCAGAGUACGAAGAAAAGCAGGCAAAGUUCAAGGAAAAGUUGAAAAAUCCCUGGUCUGUUGGGCACUAUCUAGACAAGUGGAUUCCCAAACACGCUGCGGACUGGGCGAAAGACAAAUCAGGCAACCCGGGAUCUGCUACAGCUUUGUAUAAAUUCCUGGAUUCUCGGGAAUGGAGAACUGCCGAAUGUCUAGAUCGGUUGCUCAAAGAACACCUCGGUGAUGGCGCGCAAGACGAAUACUCGAAGGUCGCAAGGGAAUAUGGGCGCAUUGACUUGAACCUCAUCAUUUAUCUGAUUGACCGCGAGGUUCUGAAACACGAAGAAAAUGAAUUGCGUACCUCCCGAGGCCGCAACAGCAAUCAAGAGCAUUUACACAAAAUCCGAGUGCUUCUUAGCACAUUUAUCUGGAUGAAUCGUCUUUUUUCCCCACCUUUUGAAUGGCAUUGCUUGCUCGCGCGAAAUGAAGAUCGGAACAUUCUUCGGCCUGGAAUUCUUUGGCUUUCAAACAGCGCCCGCCAGCGCGCCAUCGAAAACGAAACCUGCCUGAAUCCCAAUGAGGUCAAUAAACUGAAGGGGCUGUGGACUUGGUUUAGCGAUAAUCGCGACCGGCCGAUCAAAUUGGCUUUCACAAUGUCAAACCAGGGGGUAGUUAGAGAUAUCCCAAAAGAACAGAAUGACCUGGAGAUCGCCUUUACGCCCCUGGUUGAGGGCUUGAGUCGGCAUGAGUUUUGA